GGCUGACCGCGGUGACCGACAAAGGUCACCGUAGCCAGCGUGCCGCCCCACGCCACCAAGAGCAUCAAAACGUCAAUAGACAACGCUGCCACGCUCUCAAAUCUGAUUGACCGCCACUCCGAGUUGAAUCCAUUUCGGUAGUUGUAGAGCUUGACCAAAUUCCUUCGAUCCCCACUCCCCCUCUCUUCAGUAGUUUUUGGGUCAGAUGGAAUCUCCUGGGGAAGAUUUCUCUCCUGAUACUCUUGCAUUCAUGGAGCAUGCGUUGGAACAGGCAAAACUUGCUUUGGACAGCCUUGAAGUGCCUGUUGGAGUAUGAUUUUCUGAUUAUUUCGCAUAUGAUGGCCAGGUGUGUGAUUGUUGAAGAUGGAAAGGUCAUUGCCUCAGGAAGAAAUCGAACUACUGAGACACGAAAUGCGUCAAGACAUGCAGAGAUGGAAGCUGUUGAUGUUCUUCUUGAGGACUGGCAGAAAAACGGACUUUCAAAGUUGGAGGUUGCUAAAAAAUUUUCGAACUGCCACCUUUAUGUGACCUGUGAGCCGUGCAUAAUGUGUGCUGCUGCUUUAUCAAUUCUUGGUGUAAAAGAAGUAUAUUAUGGCUGCACAAACGACAAGUUUGGAGGUUGUGGAUCAAUAUUGUCUUUGCAUCUUGGUUGCGCUGAGCCGCUUAAAAGCGGUGGCAUUCCACAAGGAAAGGGUUUCAAAUGUAUUAGAGGAAUCAUGGCAUCAGAAGCAGUAUCUCUUUUGCGAACUUUCUAUGAACAAGGGAACCCCAAUGCGCCAAAGCCUCACAGGCCUCUGACUCACCAGGCAACGCAUUGAAUAUGUACACAUUUGAGUUGGCUCACGGCUCACCAACAAUUGCCGGCAGAUUCUCCCUAUCCAUUUUCGGACCUUGGCCAAGCACUUCAGCUGAGUCCAAAUCCCAUUUUGGUGCUUCAUUGCAAAAGCUAGAGCCUGCUGAUUUGAGGAUGUUCGAAAUACUCAGCAAAGUAUGAUUUCGGUGUAAUCUGAAGCUGAGUUAUUACAGCAGCAGGGCCGGGCCCGCCUAAGUUUCGCAUCAAAGCGUGAAGUGAAAUGAUGGCAAGGACAUGUCCACCAUUUUUGGUGACAAUGCCUAUUUUCCUACUUGCAUAGACGUUUAUUCUUUUAGUCCUACUUCCGAAAGAUUAUGCUAAGAAGUUGCAUAUUUUGGAAUUAUUUUAGAGAGUACUUGUCUGUUUCACGG